GACGGAUCGAAUCGAACAAGUUGUUGAAUUGCUAGCCGAUUUCCGGCGCUCUGCAACUGACCAAGGGACAACGGGGGUGCAGGGGCAACGACGGGGCGACAAGGCAAAAAUCGUAGCGGAAGAUCCCAUUCCACUCGGAGACGCCAUGACGGGCGGCGACGGCGGCUCCUCGCCGCCGCUGCCGCCCUCUUCACUCUGGACGCUGGGCUCCCCCGCAACCUACCACCCACGCCGGCAUGCUAUCCCGCCACCCACGCGCCCCCGUCCGGCACUCCCCCUCCCCGCGCUCCCGCUCCUCGAUGCCACCGCGUGUCCCCGCGCCCACGGGCGGAGUUACGAGGGUGCUCCUCCUGGCUAAAUGGGAGGUAGAUAUCCUCACAUGCUUCUGAUCCUCAUACUCCUUCAUGGAGCCAAUGCCGCUAUAGAUGAAGCUCCGGUUGAGAAAUGGCUGACUCUGGACGGUCGUCCUCCUCUAGUCACCGCUCGUGGAGGCUUCUCUGGCUUAUUUCCCGAAGCAAGCAAGUUUGCGUAUGAGUUUGCCAUGACAGCCAGCUUGCCUGGAGUCUGUCUGCAGUGUGAUCUGCAAUUGUCCAGUGACAGUGUGGGCUUCUGCAGAAGUGGCUUAACGCUUGAUAAGUCAACACUAAUUGCUGAAGUGUACCCUAAGAAGGACAAAACGUACAGGGUGGGUACAGACGAUGUUCAUGGGUGGUUUGCUGUGGAUUUUACCUCAGACGAGCUCAUAAAUAAUGUCACAGUGAUUCAAACUAUUUUUUCUCGCCCAAGCACAUUUGAUGCCAUGAUGGGAAUGUAUACGCUUGAUGAUGUGGCUGGACUCCGCCCGGAACAAAUUUGGAUUAAUGUGGAGUUCCAUGGUUUUUAUAAGGAUCACAAUUUAGAUAUCGAAGAUUACCUAUUAAAACUACCAAAAGAUUAUCCUAUUGCCUACAUAUCCUCGCCAGAUAUUGCAUUCUUGAAAAGUGUCGGUGGAAAGCUUAAGGGCAGGGCCAAGCUAAUUUUGCGAUGUCUCCAAGAUAAUGUUACCGAGCCUAGCAUCAGGAAAUCAUAUGGAGACAUAUUGAAAGAUCUGAAAUCCGUCAAGGAUUUUGCAUCAGGAAUUUUGGUCGCCAGGAGUCAUAUUUGGCCAGUGAAUAACAAUCUGUACCUGCUCCCAUCUACCAGUUUGGUCAAAGAUGCACAUGCCCUUGGGCUGGAAGUGCAUGUAGGAGGGUUUUCCAAUGAUAUCCUUACGAGUUACAACUACAGCUAUGAUCCUGCUCAGGAAUACUUGCAGUUCAUAGACAACCAUGACUUCAAUGUAGAUGGUGUGAUGACUGACUUCCCGCCCACUGCAUCAGGAGUCGUCGCGUGCUUGGCACAUAAUGAAAGAAAUGAUCUUGCUUCUACUGCAAACGCAGAGAGACCACUCAUUAUAACGCACAAUGGUGCAAGUGGCGUGUACGCAGGCUGCACGGACCUUGCCUACCAACAAGCAGUGAAAGAUGGUGCCGACAUAAUAGAUUGCUCGGUUCGGAUGUCAAAAGACGGUGUGGCCUUUUGUAUGGGCUCUGCAGAUCUCAUUGCCAGCACGACGGCAGCAACCACUUUCAUGACAAAAGUUGUUACUGUCAGUGAAAUACAGAAUAAAUCAGGCAUUUUCUCAUUUGAUCUUUCAUGGAGCGAGAUCCAAACCUUGAAACCCGAGCUUGGUGGUCCAUUUGCUCAGGCAGGCCUGAAAAGAAAUCCUGCGGCGAAGAAUGCUGGCAAAUUCUUUACUUUGCCCGAAUUCCUUGACUUCGCCAAAACUAGCAAUGUCUCUGGUAUACUGAUCGAGAUAGAGGAUGCUCCAUUCCUUGCAACCAGAGGUCUUGGCCUUGUAGAUGCAGUCUCCGGUGCACUUGUCAAUGCCAGCUACGACAAGGAGAGCAAGCAGCAAGUGUUCAUCGAGUCAGAUGACUCUGCGGUGCUUUCAGCGUUCAAGAAGUUCCCAACUUUUAAGCGGGUUCUCACUGUUAGCACCAUAAUAAGUGAUGCUUCCAAGCCUGCAGUGGAUGAUAUCAAGAAGUUUGCGGAUGUAGUGAUGGUGACCCGCGGUGCACUCGUGAAGGUCAAUGGCUUCUUCCUGACAGGGUUCACUAAUUUGGUGGAGAAUCUGCACGCUGCAAACUUGACGGUGCAUGUCGGUGUGCUCAGGAAUGAGUUCACCAACUUUGGGUUCGACUACUUUGCUGAUCCGAUGAUCGAGAUCGCUACAUACUCUGCUGCAUUGGUCGUCGAUGGGCUUGUGACCGAGUUCCCUCACACUGCAACUACAUACUUCAGGAGCCCAUGCAGUGAUCCGACAAAGAACCUGACCUACACAAUCAUGGCUGCAAGCCCCGGUGCUCUGGUGAGCAUGGUAUCCCCAGGCGCGCUGCCCCCGGCGUUCCCGCCAGCACCCGUGCUGGAACCCGCCGAUGUUCUCGACCCGCCGCUGCCGCCUGUCUCGCUGAGUAGCCCUCCGGAGGCGGCGCCGAAAGUAGCUGACAGCAGCUCCUCUCCACCCAGCUCCAGCGCCGGCAAUUGCUUCCUGGUAGCGGCUGGCAUUGCUGCCUUGUUGUACUCGAGCUUCCAUUGACCAUCUCUUGGUGACUGGCAUUGUACUACCACGUGAUAUCCUUUUAUGUUUCCUCCUCCUCCUCACACCCUGAAUUGUUCUGUAACAUAUUGCUAUUUAAGAUAGAUAUACUUCCUCAUCAACCUGCACGUAAAUACACACCGUCAGAGAGUUUCAUCC